AUGAGGACCGCUUGGUUGAUUGCGCUCAUUGUGAGCUUCACAGCCAUGGCGGUGGCACAGCAAAUGCCAGCCUGUGCUAGUGAUUGCCUUGCGAAAUUCUUGCCCGACUCCUCAUGCGAUUCAACGGAUUUUGCUUGCAUCUGUGCGGAUAAGUCCUUGAUGGACAAUGUACAGACUUGCUCUAUGGGCAGCUGCAGCGUCAAAGAUGGUCUAACGGCGAGAAAUGCCACAGCGACACUUUGUAAGGAGCCUGUUCGAGACGCUACGGCAAUCACCCCGAUCAUUGUCGCGGUGUCUGGGUCUAUUGCUAUCCUGAGCGUUGUCCUUCGACUUGCGGACCGGUGGCCCAAUAUGGAACGCGUUCAGUGGUCAGAUCUGUCCGUCGUCCUUGCAUUGGUAAGUAUAGUACUGACUACGAUGUCUAGUGACGGGUUUGGAAAGGACAUCUGGACGUUACCUUUCGACAAGAUCACUCGUGUCAUCAAGUUCACAUGGUUGACUGAAAUCUUCUACGUGGGUGUGAUGGGCUUCACCAAGGUCGCCAUUCUCAUGCUCUACUUGAAAGUGUUCCCUACCCAGCCGUUUCGCAAGUAUGCAAUCGGGACCUUGAUCCUCACUUUUGCCUACAUCCCGGCCUUUUCCCUGUCAAUUGCAUUCCACUGCACUCCGAUCUCCUAUACCUGGACCGGCUGGACUGGCGAGGAAAAAGGCCAGUGCUUCAAUGUCAAUGCCUGGGGAUGGUCUCACGCCAUUGUCAACAUUAUAUGGGACCUGUGGGUCAUCUUCCUUCCAGUCCCGAGUCUUAUACAUCUGCAUCUGGGCCGCAGGAAGAAGGUUCAUAUUAUCCUCAUGUUCAGCGUGGGGCUUUUUAUCACUAUCGUCAGUGUUGUCCGUCUCAGUACUCUCGUUCAAUUCGCCAACACCACAAAUGCCACAUAUGACAACGUGCCCACGGCCUACUGGAGUUGCUUAGAGGCCUACGUCAGCAUCAUCUGUUGCUGUAUGCCUGCCAUCCGAUCGUUGCUCCGACGAGUCUUCCCCAGCUGCUUUGGCAGCUCGGCCGACCCGGAAUCUCAGGACCAAACCUACCGCAUCUCGUCGCCUUUGCACAGCAACGACAUCAAAAAGAGCAUUGGCGUUAGUGUCAGCGUCAGCGUUCAGCGGGAGCGCUCGCAUCGUUCUGGUGACUCGGAUUUCAUCGAACUGGUCGACAAGCCUGGCCCGGGUGGCCCGGGAUUCCCCCGCGACUGGGCAUGA